AUGGAGGCUGAUGACGCGGCCGCAGCCCACUUGCCGGAGAAGCCCAAGUUCGCGCCGCUCUCAUCCGGCGACAAGCAGCCUGGCGGCGACGCAAAGGUCGAGUUUCGGCGUGUUCCGGUGCCCCAGCACCGCAUGACUCCCCUUAAAACAGCUUGGAUGGAACUUUACAAGCCUAUUACGGAAAACCUGAAACUGGACAUGCGUAUGAACCUGAAGUCGAAGAAGGUAGUCGAGAUUAAGACUACUCAAAAAACAACAUCGCCGGAAGCACUUCAAAAAGCGGCGGACUUCGUCCAUGCAUACCUGCUUGGCUUUGAGAUUCGUGACGCCAUCGCACUACUGAGGCUCGACGACCUGUAUGUUGAGUGCUUCGAGAUAAAGGACGUUAAGACUCUGCGCGGCGAGCACCUAUCGCGUUGCAUUGGUCGGCUGGCCGGCAAGGACGGCAAGACCAAAUUUACGAUUGAGAACGCGACGCGCACUCGCAUCGUGCUGGCGGACACGCGAAUUCAUAUCCUAGGUUCCUUUCAGAACAUUCGGGUGGCGCGUGAUGCGUUGUGCUCGCUCAUCCUCGGCUCUCCCGCCUCCAAGGUCUACUCAAAGCUUCGCUCGACGUGCGCGCGCUUGAAUGACAGCUGAAAUGGCUUCUGUCU